AUGUCGUUCUUCACUUUUCUUGUUUUGUUGGUUUCCACCAGUUUUGUCUUGUGUCAGGUUAGUAUUUUUUGUUCCGAGAAAAAAUAAAAUGAUCGAUAAACAAAGUUUUCUCAUUGGAACUAUUAAAAGACAGUUUUCUUUUUUUUUUUGAAAUCGGUAUCUUCUCUAAAUUCGCUCAAAUGGUCUUUGACGUAUGCAUUGUUACAAGAAAAGAUCGUCCACAUAUUCACUUGUGGCUCAAAUUUUGAGCUACCAAGUUAAUAAAAAAAAUUACUUUAUGAAAAAAAAUAUGAAUUUAAGUUCUGUGCUAAAAAGAAAGGAGAAUAUUUCCAUUUGUGGAAAGUCUUUUGCUGAAUGGAGAACAUCGAAAAUUUCAAAACCUAAAAAAAAAAAAACGAAAAAGUUAUCUAUGCCCUAUUCAAACAUUUUCUUACGAAGUUUUUACAGAUGGCAGUGAAGUCUUCUCGAAAUAUUAUGAAAGGAGGAUAUAACUUUUAAAAAAGCUGGGGUUUUCUUUUUCUAUAAGCCAAACUGAAACACGUAGAAAGUAAAAAAAAACAUUUGCACAUUAUAUUACAUAUUUUGACAGAUCCCCGAUGUCGCCACUCAGUUGAUGCUCAAACAACGAGGUCAAAACUGCCUGACGCAAAUUCUGCCUCCUUCGCCUCAGGCUCUAGCCUAUCAAACGCAACUCGCAGUAGGUUUUUUGAAUCAAAAAAAAAGUGAAAACCAUUUAAUUUUGAUAAAAACCGCUUCACAUUUUUUUUUCAGAUUUGUUUCAGCGUUGAUUGUUACGUUCCGUUGAUUCAGCAAGUGGUUAUGGCCUACCCACAAUACUACCCACAACUUCGAGCUUGCAUGGGCUAUUGA